AUUACGUACGAUGCCAACACGAAGCAGGGAUCCAAUAUAAUACUACACGACAGCGAAAUUAGGAAUUGUGGUCUCAUGGUGGCCGUAGCGCCCUGCAUGAAGACCACCCUAGCUAUGAGCCGUAGGACAGACUGUAACGCACCCCAUGGACGUGACAAAAGUGCGAAUGCAAAUCUUGAGAGCAUCCCUGGAAGAAACCAUAAGGACCACUAUGCGUGAUAAAGGGGUACGCGGAUUCUACGAUGGCUGGACUGCUGGUUUGCUACGUCAGUUGACCUACAGCACCGCCAGACUUGGGAUGUACACCACGUUGUACGAUUUGAGUCAGAAAAACUUGGGAACCUUGAAUUACCCCACGAUGGUCGCCAUUGGGAUGAUUUCUGGCAUCGUGGGCGCGUUUGUUGGGACACCUACCGACUUGGUCUUGGUUCGCAUGAUAGCUGACUCGAAUCUACCACCUGAGAAGAGAUGGAAUUAUAGGAAUGGUAUCUCGGGGUUGUUCGACAUUUGGAAGACCGAGGGUGUGCGUGGACUGUGGAGGGGAGCUAUGCCAACGAUGACGAGGGGAGCAUUGGUCAAUGGAACGCAGCUGGCCACGUACAGCAAAACCAAGAUGAUACUGCAAAAGUACAUAGAAGAAGGAGUGUUUCUGCAAUUUCUGUCAGCGAUGAUAUCUGGCCUGGUGAUGUGCUCCACGUCGCUCCCCAUGGAUGUAGCUAAAACCAGAAUACAAAACUGGAACCUACCCUCGAAGCCACCAGGAAUCCUGGGAAUGUUGGUCAACGUAGCCCAGAAGGAAGGGACAUCAGCGUUGUGGCGAGGAUUCUUGCCGUCCUUUUCCAGGGCAGCGCCUAAUGCUGUCGUCACUAUGAUAUGCGUCGAACAGAUGCAUCGACUGUACACUGAUUUAUUUAAACCGCCCCCAGAAUGAAUGUCUGGUCCAGUAAAAAAGAAUUUUACUGUAGCUCGUAACGAGUCAUUUAUUAUUAUUUUUUUCAUUCUUAAAAUAAUCGAGAACAAUGUGUACUUACUUGAAUCAGUGUAAGUACUGCAUUUUUAUCGUUAACAAUCCUCUCAAGAGCAAUGGGAACAUAUCGAAUCUUACCGAGUACGAGCCAAGUACUAACUAUUCGUCGAGAAUCUAUGUUUAUUGAUCGUAGUUUACAGAAUUUUGUGCACAGUAAUUAUUUAGUUUCCUAGUUCAUUACUUCCUCAGUGCUCUGGAAUAUUUCUUUCGAAUA